AUGGAGACGAGGCAGGGUACGGGGGACAUGAAGACAAGUCAGGAUACUGAGGACAUGAGACGAGGCAGGGUACUGGGGACAUGGAGACGAGGCAGGGUACUGGGUUAAGGGUGACGAGGCAGGAUACUGGGUUAAUGGGGACGAGGCAGGAUACUGGGUUAAUGGGGACGAGGCAGGGUACUGGGGACAUGGAGAUGAGGCAGGAUACUGGGGACAUGGAGACGAGGUAGGAUACUGGGUUAAUGGGGAUGAGGCAGGGUACUGGGAACAUGGAGACGAGGCAGGGUACUGGGAACAUGACGUGACUCCCAAAUAAGUCAACACAUUACUUUGUCAGAAUGUGCAUAAUGUAGAUACAGAGCUUUGAGUAUUUAUAUGAUUUUUUGAAGAGUAUUUAGUUCCUGUUUCUAGUUUUUUAAGAAUCAAAUCAUUGUAUAAAAGUUGUUGAGUGUUGACUCUGUUGGAAAUAUCUCCGCUAAGCAGCGUUGACUAAAGGACCUCUGUCAACAGUAGAUAUUGGACUGCGUUGCUCAGCCGCAGUUUCAACUACUUCCUUCCUCACUCUGUCAGUGUGUGUUUGGGUCUUUGAGUGUGCUUGCCUUCCUGCCUGCGGACGCACGCGCUUACGACCUUCACAAGGGCUGCGAGAGUAACUGGGGAGCUGGACCUGACUGCAGCCAAUCGAUCGCUCGCCCUCACCACCCCUCUUCCGCUCAGCAGUCUCUCUCCAAACGCACAUGCACACCACACACUCCUCACCACCUCAUUGCCCAAAUAGACUCACAUAUGAGUGACAGGGCCAAUUUCUCUCGCCUUCCACUCCCCUCCUCUAAUUCAUAGCCAUUGAUUUACACUUGGCGGUCUGAAUGCUCUUUACACACACACACACACAAACAUAGCUCCUUUGUAUGGAUCACAAUGCAGACACACACUUGGUGUCUCAGCACAUGGAUUGAAGGAAUGAAGGGACUUUCUGAAGGACUGUAGAAGGUCUUCAGAUGUGUAGCACAGUGUUUCCCAAACCUCUCCUUGAGUACUCCCUGCUGUUCCUCUUAUUUUAUGUAUUCCAGUCCAAGUUCACCUGAUUCAACUGAUCAACGUCUCAUCAAUCCCUUCAUUAGUUGAAUUAAGUGUGUUAGUUCUGGAUUACAUCAGCUCAUUGUGUCUGAUUCUCUUUAGUUCUCCUUCGUCCUAGUUCUGCCUGGUUCUCUUUAGUUCUCCUUCGUCCUAGUUCUGCCUGGUUCUCUUUAGUUCUCCUUCGUCCUAGUUCUUCCUGGUUCUCUUUAGUUCUCCUUCGUCCUAGUUCUUCCUGGUUCUCUUUAGUUCUCCUUCGUCCUAGUUCUCUUUAGUUCUCCUUCGUCCUAGUUCUGCCUGGUUCUCUUUAGUUCUCCUUCGUCCUAGUUCUCUUUAGUUCUCCUUCGUCCUUGUUCUUCCUGGUUCUCUUUAGUUCUCCUUCAUCCUAGUUCUCUUUAGUUCUCCUUCGUCCUUGUUCUUCCUGGUUCUCUUUAGUUCUCCUUCGUCCUAGUUCCUCCUGGUUCUUGUAAUGGAGAUCUGGCAUAUGUGGAAUGGUCCUGGGUACUUGAGAAGAGGUGUGGAAUGGUCCUGGGUACUUGAGAAGAGGUGUGGAAUGGUCCUGGGUUCUCGAGAAGAGGUGUGGAAUUCCCCUGGGUCUCGAGGAGAGUUGUGGGAAACACUGCUGUGAUAUUUUUAACUAUAGCUAUAAUGUAACUAAAGUGUGUGUGUGUGUGUGUGUGUAUUCAGGUGGGUCUCCAGGCUCUGACCCCCAGGUGACCAAUGAGAGCGUCCGCAGCAGGGACCAGAUCCUCCAGACUCUGACUGACCUGUCCAGGGCCUUCCAGGACAUCGCUGACCGCUGUCUGCUGGUCCUCCACCUGGAGGUCAGGUACGUACAGACAUGGACUCUCCAGGAUAAACACCCAGCCUGGGUCAUGUUCAUAAUGACCUUUCCCUAUUGGUCAAGUACAGAUAAUACUACCUCCCGCUUCACUCCGUUUUUCUUCCGUUUGGUCACUAGCGAACACAAUCUUGAUUUAUAGAAUCUUCCUCUCCAUGGUUUAACAGUGUUUUCAGUCUUGGUCCUGAGUGGGGGCAGACUGAGUUAGCAGGCUGUUGUUCUGUCAGACUAUCAUGUUGACUGUCAGACCUUGCAUAGUUCCACCUAUGAAUUUCAGGGUGGUUACAUUUGUUGAGCCCCGUCCCUCAACUUUAUAGCAAACCAAGUGGCAGGGCUGUCGUUUUGGAAUUUUAGAACCACUUUAGGUAUGUAUAUGUGUGUGUGUAUAUAUAUAUAUAUAUAUAUAUAUUAGGGGUGUAACGAUCCAUCUACUACAUCGAUGUAUCGAUUUAUAUUCCUAUGAUCCAACUACAUCGAUCUGUGCUCGGCGAGUUGGCCUUUUGGACAACAUAUAUCGAUCUAACAUCGUUUUAAAAUGUAAUAAAUCGAUUGUAUCGAUACUAGGAAAUAACCCAUUGGAUUUAAGCACGUCAGACUUUAUAUGGAUGUUUUUUCUUAGCACUUUUAAUGAUAAAGGCUUUAAACAUUACUCGAUUCAGUCUGCCUAGCCGUGACGUCAUCGCGCCAGCAGCAGCGCAAAGGCGCCAAGACAACAAAACAUAGCAUGCCGGAUAACAGAGGAGAAGCCGACGAGCGAGAAAUUAUCAAGCCACCAUUGCGGUCCUUACAAGAAACAGGAAUCUAGGAAACUUCACCUGCACUGUCCAGUAUCCAGGUAUUUAUUUCAGUCACACUGGUUGAAUUUUUGGCUAAAAGGUUACUGAAUCGAUUUAAAGUCACUGAAUCGUUUCGGAUCGUAUCGUUCUAAAUGAACCAAUAUCGUCCUUGAAUCGUAUCGACAACCACGAAUCGUGAUACAAAUCGAAUCGUUGUUAAAACGAAUCGUUACACCCCUAAUAUAUAUAUAUAUACAGUGAGGGAAAAAAGUAUUUGAUCACCUGCUGAUUUUGUACGUUUGCCCACUGACAAAGAAAUGAUCAGUCUAUAAUUUUAAUGGUAGGUUUAUUUGAACAGUGAGAGACAGAAUAACAACAAAAUAAUCCAGAAAAACGCAUGUCAAAAAUCGUAUACAUUUAUUUGCAUUUUAAUGAGGGAAAUAAGUAUUGACACCCUCUCAAUCAGAAAGAUUUCUGUCUCCCAGGUGUCUUUUAUACAGGUAACGAGCUGAGAUUAGGAGCACACUCUUGAAGGGAGUGCUCCUAAUCUCAGUUUGUUACCUGUAUAAAAGACACCUGUCCACAGAAGCAAUCAAUCAAUCUGAUUCCAAACUCUCCACCAUGGCCAAGACCAAAGAGCUCUCCAAGGAUGUCAGGGACAAUAUUGUAGACCUACACAAGGCUGGAAUGGGCUACAAGACCAUCGCCAAGCACCUUGGUGAUAAGGUGACAACAGUUGGUGUGAUUAUUCGCAAAUGGAAGAAACACAAAAUAACUGUCAAUCUCCCUCGGCCUGGGGCUCCAUGCAAGAUCUCACCUGGUGGAGUUGCAAUGAUCAUGAGAACGGUGAGGAAUCAGCCCAGAACUACACGGGAGGAUCUUGUCAAUGAUCUCAAGGCAGCUGGGACCAUAGUCACCAAGAAAACAAUUGGUAACACACUACGCCGUGAAGGACUGAAAUCCUGCAGCGCCCGCAAGGUCCCCCUGCUCAAGAAAGCACAUAUACAUGCCCGUCUGAAGUUGGAAUGAUUCAGAGGAGAACUGGGUGAAAGUGUUGUGGUCAGAUGAGACCAAAAUGGAGCUCUUUGGCAUCAACUCAACUCGCCGUGUUUGGAGGAGGAGGAAUGCUGCCUAUGACCCCAAGAACACCAUCCCCACCGUCAAACAUGGAGGUGGAAACAUUAUGCUUUGGGGGUGUUUUUCUGCUAAGGGGACAGGACAACUUCACCGCAUCAAAGGGACGAUAGACGGGGCCAUGUACCGUCAAAUCUUGGGUGAGAACCUCCUUCCCUCAGCCAGGGCAUUGAAAAUGGGUCGUGGAUGGGUAUUCCAGCAUGACAAUGACCCAAAACACACGGCCAAGGCAACAAAGGAGUGGCUCAAGAAGAAGCACAUUAAGGUCCUGGAGUGGCCUAGCCAGUCUCCAGACCUUAAUCCCAUAGAAAAUCUGUGGUUCGAGUUGCCAAACGUCAGCCUCAAAACCUUAAUGACAAAUCCCUCCUGAGAUGUGUGCAAACCUGGUGGCCAACUACAAUAAAUGUCUGACCUCUGUGAUUGCCAGCAAGGGUUUUGCCACCAAGUACUAAGUCAUGUUUUGCAGAGGGGUCAAAUACUUAUUUCCCUCAUUAAAAUGCAAAUCAAUUUAUAACAUUUUUGACAUGCGUUUUUCUGGAUUUUUUUGUUGUUAUUCUGUCUCUCACUGUUCAAAUAAACCUACCAUUAAAAUUAUAGACUGAUCAUGUCUUUGUCAGUGGGCAAACGUACAAAAUCAGCAGGGGAUCAAAUACUUUUUUCCCUCACUGUAUAUCGUAAAAAAAAAAAAAAUGUUUUUAUUAUUAUUAUUUGAUCAAAUAUUGAAUUUGGCCUUUAGUACCAAAUCCCAUAGAAACGCAUUUAAUAACAUUCAUAAAUGGCAAAAAAAGACAGUCAAAAAAAAUUAUUCAUAAGGAACAAGGUUUUGAAGUGUCUGUCCUAUAUCUACGAGAUAUAUGAAAGCUCAGGAAAUAUAUGUAAUUUUUUUGUGGUAGGCACAACACUACCUCCAUACUUCAAUUCGUAUUUUAAACCAGUACCGGUUACCUUCAGACGAGUUAGUUUGUAGCCCAAAAGUUUGGACGCUACAAACAGAAGUUGGCACAUCGACGGUACCGACUUCAGACGAGUCCCGUGACACUUGUGGAGACCACCAUCGUGUUCGUGAGAGUCUCAUCUUUCCAUAGAGUGGUCCUUUGGGAUGUCUCAUGGUCUGACAAACACCGUGCGACAUUAGCGGAUGCGGUGCGUCAAUGGACUCUAGGGGGUCAAACAAGUGCAAGACAAUCUAAUAAUACACUCAGACCAAUGUCUUCCUCUGGAUCCAGUGAGUACGUCCAUUAACGUCUAAAACAAGUGAUUUACCAAGCAAACCCAGAAAACAACCAACUCUCUCCAUCAACAGCCCCUAACAGCCCCUAUCUCCUCAUCCCUCUCUCCAUCCCUCCAAUCCUUCCUCUCCUCCUCCCUCCUCAUCCCUCCUUCUCCUCCUCCAUCCCUCCUUUUUUUUUUUUUCCCCCCCCCUUUCUCCUCCCCCUCCUCCCCCCCCCCCUUUUCCCCCCCCCCCCCUGGGCCCCCCCUCCCCCCCCAACCUUUCCCCCGGGGCCCCCCCCAAAAUCGCCCCCCCCAAAAAAAAAAAAAAAAACCCCCCCCCCCCCCCCCCCCCCUUUUUCCCCCCCCCCCCCGGGAAAACUCCCCCCCCCAACCCCAUCCCCAUGAGGGAAAAAAAAAUUUUUUUUCCCAAAUUUUUUUUUUGGAAAAAAAGGGGGGAAAAAUGAUCCAUAAAAAUAAGGGAAAAACCCCCAAACAAAAUUUUCCCUUUGCAAAAGGGUCAAAUUUUCCCAAAAAGGGGGGGAAAAAUGGGGGGGGAAAGGGGGCAUUUAAGGGGGGGGGGGGGGGAAGAAAAAAAAAGGGGGGGAAAAGGGCCGGGGGAGGGGGGAGGGGAGGGAUGGGGGAACAGCCCGAGGGGGAAGGAAAAAAAAAAAUUUUUUAAAAAAGGGUUUGAAAAACUUUUGACCAAAUUUUUUUUUUUUUAAAUUUUAAAAGGGGGGUAAACCCAAAUUUUUUUUAAAAAAAAAAAGGGGGAAAAAAAGGGGAAACGGGGGGGGGGGGGAUGGGUGGAAUUUUAAAAACCCCCUUUUAAAAAAAAAUUUUUUUUAAAACCCGUUUUAAGAAAAUUUGGGAAAAAAUUUUAAAAAAAAGGUUUUUAAAACCCCCCCUUAUUUUUCUCUUCCUCCCUUUUUUUUCCCCCCCCUUUUCCCCCCCCUCCAUUUUCCCCCAAAAAAAACCCCCCCGAUUUUUUUCCCUUUCAUUUUUUUCCCCCCCCCCCUCUUCAUCAAAAGGCCCCCCCCCUUUUUGGGAAAAUUUUUUCCCCUUUUUCCCCCCCCCCCCCCCCCCCCCCCCCCCCGCUCCCCCCCCCCCCGGGGGGACCCCCCCCCCCCCGGGGGAACCCCCCCCCCCCGGUUCCCCCCCCCUUUUUUCCCCCCCCCCCCCCAAAAAAAAACCCCGGGGGGGGGAAAAAAGGGGGCAAAACGGGGGGGGGAAAAAAAAAAAAAAAAAAAACCCCCCCCCCCCCCCCCUUUUCCCCCCCCUCAAUUAUGUGAUAAAUAGAACUAACGUUUUAACAAUUAAUGUCAAACCCAACCCGCUUUUUUUAUUACUUUAACUACUACUACUAGUUUUGAAUGUUGUAGCCAUCAAUCACCCUAUUGCAAGUAUUUCAUUUAAAACUUCCCCCUUUCUCUGUAUGGGCCCUUACUUAUUGUAAUGAACGAUUACCCGGCCAAUCCUGCGAUAGUGAUGGGUUUAAUGGUCGGUUUCAAUAUUUUUGGUUAUCCGUCCCAGCUCUACUCCCGGGAACCUGAUUCCUGACCAUCCUGACUUCUCUACCAGUAGCUUUGGUGGACUCACACUCAAAAAUAUGUCUGUCUAUCCUCUCUCUCCAUCAUCUGUCUAUCCUCUCUCCUCCCCCUCCCUGCCCCUAUCCCCCUCCUCCCCUCCUCUGUCUACCUCUCUCCUCCCCUCCCUGUCUACCUCUCUCCUCCCCUCUCUUCCAAUCCUCUUCCGCCCUCCUGUACUCUCGUCUCCCCCCUGUGUCGUCACUACUCCUCCCCUCCUUUCUACCUCUCACCCCCUCUGUCCAUCCUCAUCAUCGCGCGGCCGGUACCUCUAUCGUCUCCCGUUCAUCCUCACUCCCCCCUCCUCUUCUAUCCUCACUCCUCCUCGCUCCUCGUCCUCUCCCCCUCCAGUAUAUUCUCUCCCCCCCUGUCUACUCUGCUCCUCAUCCUCUGUCUAUCCUCUACUCCUCCCUCCUCGUUUCUAUCCUCCCCUCCUCCCCUCUCUGUCUAUCCUCUCUCCUCCCUCCCUGUCUAUCCUCUCUCCUCCCCCCUCUGUCUACCCACUCCCUCCCCAUCCUCUGUCUAUCCUCUCUCCUCCCCCCUGAGAAUCACUCUCAUCCGCCCCUCCGUCUAUCCUCUCUCCCUCCCCUCCUCUGUCUAAUCCUUUCCUCUCCUCUGUUAUCCCCUACUCCUCUCCUCUGCUACCUCUCUCCUCCCCUCCUCUGUCUAUCCUCACAUCUCACCUCCGCUGGUCAUACUCUCAUCCUCCUCUGUCCAAUCUACUCUACCCUCCUGUACCAUGGUCUCCCCCUCCUCUAGGUCAUCUCUCCCCCUUGUCUAUCCUCUUCCUCCCUCCUUGUCUACUCUCUCCUCCCCUCUCUGUUAUCCUCUUUCCCCCUCUGUCUAUUCGUCUCCCCUAACCUCUGUCCAUCCCUCUCCUCCCUCCUUGUCCAUCUUUCCCUCCCUCCGGUACUCCUACUACCCCGUCCAUCUGUCCAGCAUGCUCUCCCUCUGUCCAUCCUCUCUCCUCCUCCUCUGUCUAUCCUCUCCUCCCUCCUCUGUCCAUCCUCUCUCCUCCCCUCCUCUGUCCAUCCUCUCUCCUCCCCUCCUCUGUCUAUCCUCUCUCCUCCCCUCCUCUGUCUAUCCUCUCUCCUCCCUUCAGAGUGCAUUGUUUCCACUACCUGAUUCCCCUGGCCAAGCAGGGGAACUAUGCCAUAGUGGCCAACGUGGAGAGCAUGGACUACGACCCCUUGGUGGUCAAACUCAACAAGGAUAUCAGCGCCAUCGAGGAGGUGAUGGGCGCCGCAUUGCAGCAGCACAAGUUCCAGUACAUCUUUGAAGGUAAGCCUGUUGUUGGGGGUCGUCCAUGA